UGCUUCAUAUUUGCCCAAAAGAGGCGGGAGCCAGCGUCUCCAAUGUCAUUAAGUAAAACCGCUUUUGUUGUUCCAUCAAGACAGCACAGAUGGAGAAUAUAUUAAGUAUUUUUAAAUAACCUGGAUGUAUAGCUCUUAACUUUAUAAUAAGUUAUUUCUGGCUGGGUGGAUCUCAUCGUGACGGUGGAGAAAGUGUGGUAUGUCAGUCGGGUGUCCCGGUUGGAGCGAAAGGAAUUCCAAGCACGGUGAAGAAGAAAGGAUGUCCUGCUCAAAGUGUGAGAUAACUUUGCUUAACGUCUCCAAUGGGGGGCUGGAUCCUGUUUCCCUGACUUAUGUCUCCGUGUGACCGAGCUCAAGUUGCGGGAAUAGCGCUCGGCGGCGAAUAUCCAAACAGCGAAGUGAGUUAGCCACGUAGCUACGUAGCCUCCUGCGGGAAGAAGACAUUUAAAAUGGCGGAAGACUGGCCCCUUCCCUCGGCCUUCGUCUUCUUCCUUCUUCUGAGUGUGAAUGCGUGGGUCACCCACUCGUGUCCGUCUCCUUGCUCUUGCUACAAGAGCCCAGACGAGCUCCAAGUCCUUGACUGCAACAAGAAGAGGUUGUCGGCGGCUCCCUUGGAUCUUCCAGAGGGCAUCAGCCAAGUUACAAUGAACCACAACGACCUGACUGCUCUUCCCUUCCUUGGGGACUCCUACAACAUCACAUCACUGUCACUAGUACACAAUCGGAUCUCUGAGCUUUCCGUGAGUCAGCUGCAGCCGUACGAGUCCCUGGAGAUGCUGGACCUGACGUCAAACUCCCUUUCAGAGCUCCGAGUUGGAUCCUUCCCCUCCAUGCAGCUGAAAUAUCUGAAUUUGAGUAAUAACAAGAUCAGCGUCCUGGAGCCCGGCUGCUUCGACAACAUCUCCACCACUCUGCUAGUGUUGAAGCUGAACAGGAACAGACUGACUGCGCUGUCAUCCAAAGUCUUCAGACUGCCAAGUCUUCAGUUUCUUGAAAUGAAGCGUAACAAGAUCAAGAUCGUGGACAGCCUGACUUUUAAAGGGAUGGACUCGCUGAGAUCGCUGAAGUUGCAAAGAAAUGGCAUCACCAAGCUCAUGGAUGGAGCCUUUUUUGGACUAAUCAGCAUGGAAGAACUAGAGCUGGAACACAACAACCUUACUGAGGUGAACAAAGGUUGGCUGUAUGGUUUGCGCAUGCUGCGUAUCCUGCGGGUCAGCCAGAAUGCCAUAAGCGUCAUUCGAGCAGACGCUUGGGAGUUUUGCCAAAAGUUGGAGGAGCUGGACCUGUCCUUCAAUCAUCUGACCAGGCUGGAAGAGACGGCUUUUGUAAGAUUAGGUCUCUUGGAGAGCCUGAACCUUGGCGAGAACUCGAUCAGCCACCUGGGAGAACGAGUGUUCAGCAGUCUGAGCAAUCUGCGCACGCUAGACAUCCACAAUAAUGUCAUUUCCUGGGCCAUUGAAGACUCCAUCAGUGUUUUUGAUGGAAUGAAAAAGCUGAACACACUAAUCUUACAGCAGAACAAAAUCAAGUCAAUCACCAAGAAUGCCUUUGAGGGUUUGGAUGAGUUGGAGCAUCUGGACCUCAGUAGAAAUGACAUCAUGUCGAUACACCCUGAGGCACUACUGCAUUUAAAGCUCAAAGUCUUCAUCCUGAACACAAGCAGCCUCCUGUGCGACUGCCACAUGCAGUGGCUUGGACCGUGGCUCAGCAACAGCCAUUUCCAGCUGCCUGUGUCUGCCAUCUGUGCCCAUCCUGCCAACCUGCUUGGACGCAGUGUUCUUUCUAUCAGCCCGGUUGACUUUGUGUGUGACGACUUUCCCAAGCCCUGGAUCGUCACUCAUCCUGAGACGUCAGUGGUGCUGCGGGGCUACAACAUAACUUUGACGUGCGUGGCAUCCAGCAGCAGCGACUCACCAAUGAGCCCGGCAUGGCGGAAAGAUGGAGAGGUGCUUUACGAUGCCGAGGUGCAAAAUUACGCCCGGUACCAGGAAGGCGAGCUGAUCUACACGACGGUGCUCCACCUCCUCAAUGUCAACUUCACCGACGAGGGACGCUACCAGUGCGUGGUGUCCAACCACUUUGGCGCCAACUACUCCAACAGGGCCAAGAUUACUGUCAAUGAGCUGCCAUCCUUCCUUAAGACUCCCAUGGAUCUGACUAUCAGGACCGGGACCAUGGCCAGGCUUGAGUGUGCUGCAGAAGGACACCCCUCGCCGCAGAUUGCCUGGCAGAAGGACGGCGGCACCGACUUUCCUGCCGCCCGGGAGCGCAGGAUGCAUGUGAUGCCGGACGAUGACAUCUUCUUCAUUGCUAACGUGAAGACAGAAGACAUGGGGGUGUACAGCUGCACAGCGCAGAAUGCAGCGGGCAGCUUGUCAGCCAAUGCCACACUUACCGUCCUGGAAACGCCUUCAUUUAUGCGGCCCCUGGAAGACAGAACAGUGGCCAGAGGUGAAACUGCUGUGCUUCAGUGCAUCGCCGGAGGCAGCCCUGCACCACGCCUUAACUGGACCAAAGACGACGGUCCUCUGGUGCUCACAGAGCGCCACUUCUUUGCUGCAGCCAACCAACUUCUAAUAAUCGUCGACGCCGGCCCCACAGAUGCUGGGAAGUACACUUGCAUCAUGUCCAACACGCUUGGAACGGAGCGCGGUCACAUCUACCUGAGUGUCACACCGUCACCCAACUGCGAUUCUGGCGCGGUGUAUGACCAGGACGGCUGGACCACUGUGGGCGUUGUUGUUAUUGUGGUGGUGUGCUGUGUGGUUGGGACCUCGCUGGUGUGGGUCAUCGUCAUUUAUCAUAUGCGCAGGAAGAGCGAAGACUACAGCAUCACCAACACAGAUGAGAUGAAUUUACCAGCUGACAUCCCCAGUUAUCUCUCCUCUCAGGGGACUUUGUCAGAACCUCCAGAAGGCUACAGUAGCUCGGAGGCAGGCAGCCACCAGCAGCUCAUGCCUCCUCUCUCCAAUGGAUAUGUGCACAAGGGCACUGAUGGUGUGUGCUAUGGCGACACAGGCAGCGAGGUGGAAACAGAAGGUAACGGACGGCUACACUACCGGGUGGGAUCUCUGUUCACUGGCCAUAGCAGCUUCCACCCCUCAGAGGCUCGUGAUGGACCAGCUGCAGCCGCCUCAGGUGCCGCCAGUUCGUUGGUCAUCUGCUCCGACUGCUACGACAACGCCAACAUCUAUUCUCGCACGCGGGAGUACUGCCCCUACUCCUACAUGGGCGAGGACGACCCACUGGACAGAGACCUGCCGAGUCUGAAGGAGAGCUACGGUGAGCACACUCGGCAAGAGGAUGCUGCUCUGGAGAGCCUCAUCAACAAACGGGAGUCCUCCAACUUCCUCACGUCACAUGACAUGAGGCCGAGAAGCCACGUUUCAAUGGAAGACUGUGCUACCGGCUUUCUCAGCAGUUCUCAACACUGGGCAGAACGGUACAACUCCAAACCCCAACAAGGCACCACCACUCAUAGGACACUUCCUCCAGCUGAGGAGGAGGAGGACACACACAACUACAGAUUAGCCUCCAAAAGGACUAACCCUCAGGACUAUCCAGCACCCACAUAGGUCACUGGUCUGGGACCCAAUACCCCCCUUUCUUGCAUCCACUACCUCCUUAACACUCUGCCAAAGAUGCUCUAUGGAGUGUUUACAUUCCUCUUCCUCACAGCCAUUCAAAGUGACCUCUUCAGAACGUCAUGAAUGUAUGCUUAAACGGAGCCGUGCCUAAUCGCUCCUGCUACUACAUUUGGGAGAUGACCAACCACUCUUUUCAAGUCGGUAACGAUAUUUAAUUGCGGGAAGACGACUCCCCCAAAAAGCAGCAAGAGGACACACCCCCCUCCUGCAGACUUUGCAAAGACACUGACACCACAAUGUGGUGUAUAUUAUGAGUACAUAUGAAAUAUAUCCUUGACAUUCUUUAUGGCCUUACGCAAUCAUCAAGCCUUCCUUUUCAAGCAGUUUUGGAAGCAAGGGGGGAUAUUUUGUAUUUUAAUUUGCACAUGUGACAAUCAUGUUUUAUGCACUGAUCUGUUUUUCCGUCACAGCUUUCAGGCACUUAAUAUAACAUUCAAGUCAUCAUCCUUCUUGCUGAUGUUGAGAAAGAUUCAGGACUGUGAAAAAUGUAGAAUGUAUUGUUUUUUUUUAUUCGUUUAUGCAAGUCAGAUGUCCAAAGUUUAGCCUGCAGCUCACAUUUUAUUGACAUAUUCUGAAAAUGAAAUAAAUUCAUUGAAAAGAUAAUAUUAUUAGGUAUGACACUAAUAACUAGUGGAUUUGUCACCUAUGACACAAAUGCUAAUGUUAUUUUCAAGUACCAUAUAUUGACCUACAUUGGAUCGGUUGUAGCAUCUUUUAGUUUAAAACCUAUAUUGUAUAAAAGUGGCCUCUGUAUUCUUCAAUUUUCAUGUAUGCAACCUUAAAUAAAUAAUAAUAAUAAUAAUAAUUGGACACCCCUGAUGUAAGUGUACAGGCUACUAGUGUAUUACCAUUGUGUCAUACAUCUGCAGAGCUAAUCAUACAUCUAAAGAGCUAAUUUUGAGUUAAGUAACUUGUGAGUAGUACAGUGAAACCUCCAAAGUUGAACUUCCUGUUUGUUUCCCAUAUGGAAGUUGAAAUAAGCCAGAUUAAGGCCCCUUCUUGGACUCUCUAUUUGACCUUUGACUGUCAUACAAGUGUAAAAAUAAGUUCGCCUUUGUAUAUUUGUAUAAUAACACUUUUGGCGCAUAUUUCCCUCUGAAUUCCAUAUUAUACAACCUGGGAGGUUUCACUGUUCACUCGUCAUUGUUGCGUUAUUUAAUGCAACAUCUCCUAAAUAUUAGAAAUGCACCUCUUACCAUGAAUUUCCAAGCAUCCUUUGGAAAUGCAAAAUUGCUCUUUCAUGCUGUGCCGGAGCUGCAAGCAAAAUGAUGUCAUGCUUUUGCUUCCAAUCGCUUUAGAACAUAUUUUUGAUUGGUGCACUUCCAUUUUAGUUUGUCUCAUUCCAACAUCUCAUGCAUUCCUCGCUACGUAUUUUGUGACAUUGCAUUGUGGGAGUGAUAAUCAUAUAGGUACUGACCACUGCUGUCGGCUUCAAUGGGGACUGCUGUGGUCCCUCUGUAAGGUACCAUUUAUGAACGACAUAUCCACUUACUGACAUUUUUCUUGUAGAUUGUGUCGAUUUUGUUAUUCUUCUCCUCAUUGUUUUUUUUCUUGGCUAAAAUCAUGCAGUUUCAGUAGGAAAUGUUCCACACUAACAGGCGCUAAAUGUCGUCUCUUAUUGACACUUUGUUUCCUUCAAUACCAAAGUUUA